AUGGCUGGCAAAGAGAAAGAGGGUCCAAUGAAGAAUUUCCGUGAGGCUGGCUGGAUGCCUCCAUGCAGCAGCAGCAGGCAUACGCCGACGGAAGAGGAGUCCGAUUUGGUGUACGGAGGUCUGAGGCCAUGCACCGGCGGGCAUACUCCGAUGGAGGAGGAGAAGGAAGUUGAUUUGGUAUACGACGGUCUGAGGCCAUGCGUUGGCAGGCAUAUGCUGGUGAAGCAAGAUGAUCAUGAUAAGGUGAAGGGUAGUGUGAUUGCUGCCGAGAGGAAGGCAGACUAUUCUCAGAUUGCUGCUGCGGGCGCCGCCUCUGAUGAGAAGCCGGCAGAGGCCACUAGCGGUGGUGAUGUCCAGCAGGCUCCUGAGAUGAAGUGGGUGGAGAUGCCGUUGGAGUACAUCGCAUGGCUCCUGGCGCAGAAGAGGGAGGAGGGGCUGAUACCGGAGAUCAUGGCCACCGAUGAGGCUGGGAAGGAAGAAUUCUUCGCGUUCCAGGAAUGGGUCCGCGAGACUUUCGACCAGAACGGAACCGAGGAAUGCAAUGUGUACACAUGA